UUAGGCACAGUAUAUUCGUUAACAGUAAUGGGUUUUUUAGCUUUUUUAAAAAAACUAAAGUUAACAAACAAUAGAGAAAUAAGAAUAUUAUUACUAGGAUUGGACAAUGCUGGUAAAACUACAUUAGUUAAACAGUUAGCUAAUGAAGAAAUAUCAUAUACAACACCAACUCAAGGAUUUAAUAUUAAAUCAAUUCAUAUGAAUGGAUUGAAAUUAAAUAUAUGGGAUUUAGGAGGACAAAGGAGAAUUAGAUCUUAUUGGGAUCAUUAUUAUGAUAAUACCCAUAUAUUAGUAUAUGUUAUUGAUAGUGCUGAUAAAAUACGGUUUGGGGAAACUGAUCAACAAUUCGAAGAAUUAUUAUCGGUAGAAAAAUUACAACAUGUGCCCUUGUUGGUUUAUGCCAAUAAACAAGAUAUAAAUGGGUCCUCACCAGCUUCAGAAAUAGCGCAAUUGUUAAAACUGAAUCUCAUCAGGGACAGGGACUGGCAAAUCCAAGCAUGUUCGGCCCAAACUGGAGAAGGAAUUCAAUGCUGUAAACGUUACUACAAAAAAGAAGCGCGUUACCGUUACUCGUUACAUCUGAAUAAUGGAAUGCGUUACCGUUACUCGUUACCAUUUUACAAAAGGAACGCGCUUUACCGACUACUCAAAAAAACGAAGGAUUUGAAUGGAUCUCAAGUCAACUGAAAGCCAAAAAAUAAAUAUAUUAACCAUCCUCUAGUUAAGCUGUUACUAAAAAAAAUGAAUCGUUUACAAGGGUUAAGUGCAAUACAACAAUGUUAUAAAAAUUAUUUAUAUUUAUUUCUCAUUUUUAUAAUAAUCUAAUUGCUAUUUCAAUAAACUAAAUAACGACUUAAUAGUCAAUAUAUCCCGAUAUAAAUAAUAUUUAAAUACUUAUACGCGUAUAUUAUUUAAAU